CCAUCGCAGGCGAUCCACUCAUAUAUAUACUUCCCCCGUUGCCUUCCCUUCCCUCCGAUCUUAUCUCAUAUAGAAUACGACCGCUUCCUCUCUCGAGCAUACUUGUACUUCCCGUUUCACCACCGAGAAACCAAGCUCUGUUCAUGGCCUUUCCAUGGAGAAACCGCAAGUCCGGCCUGAAGACCAAGCUGGAUAGGAGAGUUCUCGAUAAGGAGAUCACCGUCCCGACGCACUUCCGAUGCCCGAUAUCGCUGGAGCUGAUGAAGGACCCGGUGACGGCAUCGACCGGGAUCACCUACGACCGGCAGAGCAUCGAGACUUGGUUGGAGAUGGGGAACGCGACGUGCCCGGUGACCAAACAGGAGCUGAGGAACGCCGACGGGCUCCUCCCCAACCACGCGAUACGGAAGAUGAUACAGGACUGGUGCGUGGCGAACCGGCGGCACGGGAUCGAGAGGAUACCCACGCCUAAGAUUCCGGUGACCAGGACCCAGGUGGUGGACAUCCUGUCGGAGGUCGCGGCCGCGGGCCAGCGAGGCGACCACGCGCGGUGCAGGCAGAUGGCGGCCAAGGUCAGGAAUUUGGCGAGGGAGAGCGAACGGAACCGGCGGUGCUUCGCGUCGAACGGCGCGAGCCGGGUUUUGGCCGCCACGUUCGGUGCUGUGGCCGGCGGAUCCUCGGAGUGCUCGGCGGCAGAGGUUUCGGAGGAAAUCUUGGCAGCGCUGGCGACGGUGUCGCCGCUGGACGAGGAAGCCGCUUCGCACAUGGGAUCGCCCGAGUCGCUCGGGUGCCUGGUGUCGAUCUUGACGCAUGGUAAUUUGGCUGCAAGGCUCAGCGCGGCGUUGGUGGUGAAGCAGCUUCUCGCAUCCAGCGGAGCGAAGGUGGACGCCGUUGCCGGGACGAAGGGGCUGGUGGAAGCACUGGCCAAGCUCGUCAAGGAGCCCAUCUUCCCUCAGGCCACGAAGGCGUCUCUGGUGGCCAUCUUCUACAUGGUUAGCCACGACGAGAGGACGGCAGCGCAGGUAGUCGAUCUGGGGCUGGUGCCUGUGCUGGUAGAGGCCCUGGUGGAGCCGGAGAAGAGCAUGAACGAGAAGGCAUUGGCGGUGCUCGAAGGGCUGCUGAGCUGCGAGGGCGGCAGGGAGAAGGCCCGGCAACACGCGCUCACGGUGCCGGUGCUGGUGAAGAAGAUGUUCCGGGUGUCGGACAUGGCGACGGAGCUGGUCGUGUCGGCGCUGUGGAAGCUGUGCAGGAACGAGGGAGAGGAAGGAGAAGGGAAGGGGAGAUGCUUGCAGGAGGCGCUGCGAGUAGGUGCCUUUCAGAAACUGCUGCUGCUGCUGCAGGUGGGGUGCAGCGGGGAGACCAAGGAGAAGGCCACCGACCUCAUCAAACAAUUGGAUGGUCACAGGGAGGCGUACGAAUGCGUCGACACCAUGGAUUUCAAGGGGCUCAAGAAGCCCUUGUGAGCAUCAACUGGUUGACAGUGGGCAGAGGCAAGAACGUAACACAGCACAGAGAUCGAUCAUUCUUCGACGUUGUAUGUGGAAGGACUCAGAUAUUUGUACAAAAUACAUUAGGAUGUUGUUGUUGGUUACUUGUUAAGAAGAAUAGAAAAGAACAUGUUUUGUCUCACAAACCUUAGA